AUGAGUACUAUUCGUGCCCAUCGUGUUCAAUCGGCUUACAGUCGACCACUUUGUCGGUCUGCUACGACUAUCGAACCGUCGUCUGGUAAAAAACGUUCGACAACUGCUAAAAAUACCCUUGAGUCUCAAACGAAUGUAUUGAGUGUACCGGCGUGGAGAAGAUUAGAUCAAACAUUCUCGCCAGGGUCACAAUGCACUCGGCGACGACCAAAAACUUCCAGUGUAAGUACAACGACAAGCUCACAUGUAUCAGGAGAUAGUCCUCCUCAAACCGAGAUACAACGUCUUUUGCGAUGUCUCGAUCGCGAUGAUAAACGCAUUGUUCACGUUCAUUGUUUGUCUCAUUAUCGAACACUUGUCGAAACAAUUAAUCUACGAGAGACACCUGUUGAUCAAAAAUUAUUAUGUGCUUUACAACAACGUGAAAAUCGUAUCGUUCAACGAAAUGCUUGUCGUGAUACACGUUUUCAUUUAUUGUUAAAUUCACUUGCACCAUCACAUAUCACAGGAAUGGAAAAAAAUGAUUUAAAUGAUAUCAACCUUGAAAACACUGCCGAUCUACAAUCAAUUGACUAUCCUAUCGGAUAA